AUGCCAGGUCUAUUCCACCGCAAAAAGAAGGCUGCCGAAGGCGACCUCGAGACUGGCGGCAGACGUCAGUCUCGAGGCCGCAUCGGCAGCAUCUACGUCCCAGGCGUGGAAGACCUCGGCGAGUACCCAGCUCUGGACCGCUACAUCAGCGUCUACCGCGACGAUCGACGCCGGAGCGCGGCAGAGGAAGACACCACCGGCAAGAGUCGCAAGAAGCGACGAUGGUGGCAGUUUGGAGGUGUCGAUGCCGAAGAGACUCCUCCUGAAAAGCAGGGGAUACCAGAGUCUUGGCUCGAAACCGACGUGACUACCGGCAUUGCGACUUCGGAAGUUGACAUUAGGAGGAAGAGAGCUGGGUGGAAUGAGCUUACAGCCGAGAAGGAGAACAUGUUUGUCAAAUUUUUGGGCUUCUUCACGGGCCCAAUUCUUUAUGGCAAGUUACUACUCUCUGUGCAUGAGAAUGGGGUCGCUAACAAGAAGCCAAAUAUCAUCCUGGGAAUCCUCCUCCUCAACGCCUUUGUCGGAUUCUAUCAGGAGAAACAAGCCGCCGAUGUCGUUGCUAGUCUCAAAGGAGACAUUGCUAUGCGAUGCACUGUUAUAAGAGACAGCAAUGAGCAAGAAAUCCCAGCUCGUGAGCUGGUACCUGGAGAUAUUCUCAUUGUCCAAGAAGGUGGUACCGUAGCCGCUGACGCACGUCUCCUCUGCGACUACACCCGACCAGAAGACUUUGAGCUGUACAAGCGUCUCAGAGCCGAAGACAAGCUCGACCGCAGCGAAGAAUCGGACGAGGCAGAGGGAGACGAAGAUCAAGAACAUGAGCACAGCCAAAACACUGAAGUCAAAGGGGGUGACACCAAUGGAAAAGAACGCGAUGGUGAUUACCAACCUCAGGAACUUGGGUACCGCAGUCGUCCACUCGUCGCCAUCGAUCAGUCCGCCAUCACUGGCGAGUCUCUUGCUGUGGAAAAGUACCUGGGCGAUAUGGUCUACUAUACCACAGGUUGCAAGCGCGGCAAGGCAUACGGCAUCGUAACUCACACAGCCCAAGAAUCCUUUGUCGGCCGCACGGCAGAUCUAGUCCAAGGCGCAAAGGACCAGGGUCAUUUCAAGGCCGUCAUGAACAACAUCGGUACUUCUCUCUUGGUUCUCGUCAUGUUUUGGAUCCUCGCGGCCUGGAUCGGUGGUUUCUUCCAUCACAUCAAGAUCGCAGAACCUGGAUCGCAGAAUCUCCUUCACUAUGCCUUGGUGCUGCUCAUCAUUGGUGUACCCGUCGGUCUGCCCGUCGUCACGACCACUACUCUUGCUGUGGGCGCUGCGUAUCUGGCCAAGCAGAAGGCUAUUGUGCAGAAGCUUACAGCCAUUGAGUCGCUCGCUGGUGUCGAUAUUCUCUGUUCAGACAAGACCGGCACGUUGACUGCCAACAAGCUCAGCAUCCGUGACCCCUUCGUCUCUGAGGGCCAGGACGUCAACUGGAUGAUGGCUGUCGCAGCUCUAGCAUCCUCUCACAACCUCAAGACGCUAGACCCCAUCGACAAGGUUACCAUCUUGACAUUGAAGAGAUACCCUCAAGCCCGUGAGAUCCUCCAGCAGGGUUGGAUAACCGAGUCCUUCACCCCCUUUGACCCAGUCUCCAAGCGAAUCACCACCGUGUGCCGUCUAGGCAGUGACCGGUUCACAUGCGCCAAAGGAGCACCCAGGGCUAUCCUGAGGUUGGCAAACUGCUCAGAAGCAGACGGCAACUUGUACAGAGAAAAGGCUCAAGAAUUUGCUCGUCGCGGAUUCCGUUCCCUGGGAGUCGCAUACAAGAAGAAUGACGGCGACUGGAUUCUUCUCGGUUUACUCUCCAUGUUUGAUCCUCCGCGUGAAGAUACGGCGCAGACCAUCAUCGAGGCUGGACAUCUUGGUGUACCUGUCAAGAUGCUUACAGGAGACGCCAUCGCUAUCGCCAAGGAGACUUGCAAGAUGCUGUCGCUGGGCACCAAGGUGUACAACUCAGAGAGGCUCAUUCACGGUGGCUUGGCUGGAAGUGUGCAGCAUGAUUUUGUCGAGCGUGCCGACGGCUUUGCAGAGGUAUACCCAGAACACAAGUACACCGUCGUUGAGAUGUUGCAACAGCGAGGUCAUCUCACAGCCAUGACGGGCGAUGGCGUCAACGAUGCCCCAUCCUUGAAGAAAGCAGACUGCGGAAUCGCCGUUGAGGGUGCCUCUGAAGCUGCCCAGGCCGCUGCCGACAUCGUGUUUCUUGCCCCUGGCUUAAGCACCAUCGUGCUGGCCAUCAAGACAGCUCGUCAGAUCUUCCAACGCAUGAAGGCAUAUAUCCAGUACCGUAUCGCGCUGUGUCUACAUCUCGAGAUCUACCUCACACUCUCUAUGAUCAUCAUCAACGAGACCAUCCGGGUCGAACUUAUCGUCUUCCUCGCCCUAUUUGCAGAUUUGGCCACGGUCGCAGUAGCCUAUGAUAAUGCUCAUUGGGAACCGCGCCCAGUGGAAUGGCAGCUCCCCAAGAUCUGGGUCGUGAGCGUUAUUCUGGGCAUCCUCCUCGCGAUUGGCACUUGGGUUAUUCGUGGAUCCAUGUUCCUCCCCAGCGGUGGCAUCGUCCAGAACUUUGGUUCCGUUCAGGAGAUUCUAUUCCUCGAAGUGGCUCUUACUGAGAACUGGCUCAUCUUUGUUACACGUGGAGGCAAGACCUGGCCAUCUUGGCAGCUUGUCGGAGCCAUUUUCGGUGUAGACGUCAUUGCCACCCUCUUCUGCUUGUUCGGCUGGCUCUCCGGCACCGGAGAAGUGACUACUCCCAGAGACCACUUCAACCAGAGCAGCAACGGAUGGGUAGACAUUGUCACCGUUGUCAUCAUCUGGUUGUACUCGUUCGGUGUUACUGUCAUCAUUGCCAUCGCGUACUAUCUCCUGAACAAGAUUUCCUGGCUUGACAAUCUCGGCAGGAAGAACCGCAGCAAGAAGGACACGGCCAUCGAGAACAUCAUUGGACAUUUGCAGAAGCUGGCUGUUGAGCAUGAGAUGGAUGAAAAGACGGGCAAGAGCAGAUAUCUCCUUGUCGAAAAGGCUGGUGAUGAAGAGGACGAUAUUUAG